UCGCGGUAAUUUACCUCUCCUAUCCCUCUUCUCAAAUCGUGAGGUUGCCGUGUGUUGUGUGCGAAAAGUUGUCUCACACAACACUUAAACUGGAAGAAAUUAAGCGUAAAAACUUUUAAAAAAUACAAAAAAAUUGAAAAAGUAACAAAACUCUUAAAAAAACUACUGAAACGGUAGGUUUGUGAUAGAACAGAAGCGAAAACACCUUAUUUCUUCUAGCAAUCAACAGCGCCAUAUUUUAACCUCUGAAAAUGACGACUAAUAUCAAUCCAGCUGGUGCAAGUUACCCAAUGGCUUCAUUGUAUGUAGGAGAUCUUCACCCAGAUGUCACCGAAGCUAUGUUGUUUGAGAAAUUUUCAACAGCAGGUCCAGUCCUCAGUAUCCGUGUCUGUAGAGAUAUGAUCACAAGACGUUCGCUUGGUUAUGCUUAUGUCAACUUUCAGCAGCCAGCAGAUGCUGAGAGAGCUCUUGACACAAUGAACUUUGACACCAUCAAAGGUCGACCAAUAAGAAUCAUGUGGUCUCAAAGAGAUCCAUCUCUGAGAAAAUCUGGUGUUGGCAACGUAUUCAUCAAGAAUCUUGACAAAAGCAUUGACAAUAAGGCAUUAUACGAUACCUUCUCUGCCUUUGGAAAUAUUUUAUCCUGUAAGAUUGUCUGUGACGAGCAUGGAUCCCGUGGAUACGGAUUUGUACAUUUUGAAACUGAGGAAGCAGCCAGAAAUGCUAUUGAAAAAGUAAACGGCAUGUUGUUGAAUGGAAAGAAAGUAUUUGUAGGACGAUUCAUGAAUAGACGGGAACGUCUAGAAAUUCUUGGAGACAAGAUGAAGAAAUUUAACAAUGUCUACGUGAAGAACUUUGGUGACGAUAUGUCUGAGGAUGAACUGAAAGAUAUAUUUGAACCAUUUGGGAAACUUAUAAGUGUUAAGAUCAUGUCUGACAUUGGCGGUAAAAGUCGUGGAUUUGGAUUUGUUAGUUAUGAAGAACCAGAGGCAGCAGAAAAGGCUGUUGAAGAUUUGAACGGUUUAAACAUCCACGAAAGGACUUUGUUUGCUGGCAGAGCACAGAAAAAGGCUGAGAGACAAGCAGAGCUUAAGGACAAAUUUGAGAGAAUCCGAAUGGAGAGAAUUAAUAGAUACCAAGGAGUUAAUCUGUAUGUAAAGAAUUUGGAUGACAACAUUGAUGAUGAAAGACUUAGGAAGGAAUUCUCUCAGUUUGGAACCAUUACAAGUGCUAAGGUUAUGACAGAAGGUGGAAGAUCCAAAGGAUUUGGUUUUGUGUGUUUUAGUUCUCCAGAGGAGGCCACUAAGGCAGUCACAGAAAUGAAUGGUAGGAUUGUGGUAGCCAAACCAUUGUAUGUGGCACUAGCCCAACGUAAAGAAGACAGAAAGGCUCACUUGGCAUCACAGUAUAUGCAGCGUAUUGCUAGUAUCAGAAUGCAGGGACAGCCUGCUGCCGGUAUGAUGAGUCAGAUGUUCCCAUCAGCUGGACCUGGGUAUAUCCUUCCUACCAUGACACAGGGACAGAGAAAUUUCUAUGCCCCAACACAGGUGCCACAGAUGAGGGCAAGUCCAAGAUGGCCAACACAGCUAAGACAGCCCACACCAGCUAGUGGAUUCCAGAAUAUGCCUGGACAACAGGUUAGACCUGGCAAUCCUGCAGCAGCUGGAGCAAGACAACCUGGUCAAGGCAACAUCCGGGGUGGAAUGAAUGCUCGUCCAAUCACAGGACAGUCUGGCACUGGACAACCACCACGCAUGCCACAGUCCGUACCAGGCAGAGGACAAGGGCCUCCCCCAGCCGGAGUACUCAACCCAGCCAACAGAUAUUCAGCUACACAGAUGAGAAACCCACCUCAAGCUGGAAGACAGCAAAACAUGGUGAUGCCACAGCCACCAGCCCAAGGAGGAGUGAUUCAAGUUCAAGGUCAGGAGCCUCUGACUGCUACCAUGUUAGCUGAUGCCCCCCAACAGGAACAGAAACAGAUGUUAGGAGAACGUCUGUUCCCUCUGAUCCAAAGUAUGUACCCAGACCUGGCUGGAAAGAUCACUGGAAUGUUACUGGAAAUAGACAACUCUGAAUUGUUACACAUGUUGGAAUCCAAGGAGUCACUGGAGGCAAAGGUAAAUGAAGCCGUUGCUGUACUGCAAGCUCAUCAAGCCAAAGAAACUGCACCUUCCACUGAAGCAGCAAGCCUGGGUGGAUACAAACAUUGUUUUUGUUUCCACAGGAAAAAGAAACAGCGUCUGAAAAUGACGACUGUUAAUACAACUGGUACAAGUGACCCGAGGACGUCCUUGUAUGUAGGAGAUCUACAUCCAGAUGUCACCGACGCUGAAUUGCUGGAUGCAUUUUCAACAGCAGGACCAAUCAGUAGGGUCCAAGUAUAUAGAGAUAAGAUCACAGAAAGUUCGCUUGGUUAUGCUUUUGUCACAUUUGAAAGAGAAGAAGAUGCUGAAAGAGCUCAUGGGACAAUGGAUAGCAUCAAAGAUCAACCAAUCAGAAUCAUGUGGUCAGUAGGGGAUGGCAACGUAUUCAUUAAGAAUCUUGACAAAAGCAUGGAUACCAAGGCAUUAAAUGAUAUGUUUUCUGCUUUUGGGAAUAUUUUAUCCUGUAAGGUUAUUUGUGAUGAUCAUGGUUCCUGGGGCUACGGAUUUGUUCUUUUUGAAACUGAGGAAGCAGCCAGAAAUGCAAUAUACAAAGUCAAUGGCAUUUUAUUGAAUGGAAAGCGGGUCUAUGUUAGUCGAGAAAUGAACGAAGACGAUAUCACUGAAAUCCUGGCUGACAAGACAAAGAAAUUUAACAAUGUUUAUAUAAAGAAUUUCGGCUUUAAGAUGUCAGAAGAAGAGUUAAAAGAAAUGUUUGAGCCGCAUGGUAAAAUUACCAGUUUAAAGAUAAUGACUGAUAUCAGGGGCGAAAGUCGAGGGUUUGGGUUUGUUUGCUAUCAAAAUUCAGAAGACGCUGAAAAGGCUGUGGAAGAACUGAACGGUAUAAUUAUCGACGGGAAAACCCUGUAUGUGGGUAGAGCACAGAACAAAUCAGAGAGACAAGCUGAACUGAUUGACACAAAUGAAGAAAUCAGAAAAAAUAAAAAUAUGCAGUAUGAGGGUCUCAAUGUUUAUGUGAAAAACAUAGACAGAAGCAUUAAUGAUAAAAGAUUAAGAAACGAAUUUUCUAAAUUUGGUACGAUAACAAGUGCUAAGGUGAUGACGACGGAAAAUGGCAGAUCCAAAGAAUUUGGUUUUGUGUGUUUUAGCUCUCCCGAGGAGGCUAACAAAGCUGUCACAGAAAUGAAUGGUAUUGUCCUGGGAGAUAAAGCUUUGUAUGUCUGCCUAGCACAACGUAAAGACGUACGUAAGGCUAUCCUUGCAACACAGUAUCUGCAAAACAAUGCAAGUAUCAGAAUGCAGGGACCGAAUUGUAAAAUGAGUCAGAUGUUCCCACCAGCUGGGCCGGGAUAUUUGCUUCCUACCAUGACACAGGGACAAAGGAACUAUCAUUUACCAAUACCUGUGCCGGAUUCGAGCCAAAUCCCAAGAUGGCAAGCACUGCUAAGACAGCCUCCACCAGGGUUCCAGAAUAUACCAGGACCGCAAAUAGGAACCUCAACCUAUGCAGCCGUUAGAGCUAAACAACCAGGUCAAGUCAGCAUUGGAACACCUGCAACCAUGUUGGCCAACGCAGAUGAACAAGAACACAAGCAAAUGAUAGCACAGCGUUUAUUCCUACUAAUUCAAAAAAUGUAUCCAGAUCUGGCUGGAGAAAUCACUGGAAUGUUAUUGAAAAGAGACAAUUCAGAGUUGUCAAAAAUGUUAGAAUCAAGGGAGUUACUAGAGGCAAAGGCACGAGAAGCCGUUGAUGCACUGCAGGCUCAUACACCUCAACAGGAGCAAAGACACAUUUUGGGAGGAAUUUUGUUCUCGCUGAUCCAAAAAAUUUACCCAGACCUGGCUAAAACAAUCACUGAAAUGUUACUGGAAACAGACAAUUCAGAGUUGCUAGUGAUUAUGGAAUCCAAGGAGUUAUUUGAGUCCAAGGUACAUGAAGUUGUCGCUGGACUGCAUUCUCAACAAGCAAAAGAAAGCGCUACAUCGUCCGAAGAAAACGGGAUCUUAUACCAAAGUCAAGAGACUUUAACAGCAACUAUGUUGGCCGCUGCAUCUCACCAGGAACAAGAACAGAUGUUAGGAGAACGUUUGUUUCCGCUGAUUCUAAAUAUGUAUCCAGACCUGGCUGGAAAGAUCACUGGAAUGUUACUGGAAAUGGACAAUUUGGACUUACUAGAUAUGUUAAAAUCCAAGAAGUCACUAGAGGCUAAGGUACAAGAAGCCGUUGCUGUUCUGCAAGCUCAUCAAGAUAACGAUAGUGACACAUCUAGUAACAUCCGUGUUACAACUAAUGCUCAUCCAGUUAUUGGACGGUCUGUCACUGAACAACCAGCAUGUAAACCAUUAUCAGCACCAAGCACAGGACCAAUGCAAUCCGGCAGAUAUCUAGAAAGACAGAUCGGAAACUCAACUACAAUUGGAGGACAACCAAACAUGAUAAGGCCUCCAGGACAGUCUUCUCGUAUGAUGAGUCAGAUGUUCCCAUCAGCCGGACCUAGAUAUAUAUUUCCUAAUUCUCAGACACAGGUGCCACAUCCUAUACCAUCUUGGGGACAAUAUCCGUUGAUGACCCAUCAAAUAAUUCCUACGCUUUUGCAGGCUAACGUGCGAGGUGAUUCGGAUUUUCAGAAUAACCUAUCACAAGAUUCGCAGCGAUCAGCAGAUGUUAGACCAGACAGUGCUAAUAACGAUAGCAUUUCCGCUUUUAAUGACAUCAUAUACGAGACAACAUUACGGCCAGGCAACUUAGAGGAAACCACGGACUUAAUUGCACAGAUACUACAAAAUUGCUCUGGUGACCAAGUUUUAUCAAGUAUUUUGCAUGUUGUGGAAACUUUGUUUGAAAAGUCCAUAACUGAACCAAGUUUUCAAUGUACUGGAGCAACUAUUGUAAAAUACUUAUCUUAUAAACUUAGGACCGUACCGGCUUUUGCCAACUUCAGAAACUUUUUUCUAACGAGAUGCAAGGAGGAAUACUUAAAAAGCUCGGAAACAGUACUUCGUCUCUGUCGAUUGUCGAUUUUUAUAGGAGAGUUGUUUUUUAAUCAAGGAGUAGCAGGUGGAAGAAUUGUUCAAGGUAUACCUGUCUUAAGGUUUUUGAUAAAAAGUUUGCUGCUUGUUCUUCUUGAACAUUCAACAGAUGUUACUGUUUCAUGCGCUGUACAAGUAUUGAAGGGAGCAGACAUAUGUAGACCUGACAAAGGACUCUUCAGCAAGGUGUUUCUAUAUCUUCAAGAAUUACAGUCAUGUAAUCAUUUAAGUCCAAAAACAAAGAAGUCGAUUACAUUUUUGCUAGAUCUGCUGGGUCCAAGUGGUUCGUCAGAGCAAACACGAGUUUCUUCUGUUAAAGACUAUGAGCCUCAUGCCCAGGGAGAAGUGAUCAAAGUCAAAGAACAGGAGCCUUUGACUACCUCCAUGUUUUCCGACCCACGCAGAAAGGAAAAGAAACAAAUGCUAGGAGAACGUUUGUUUCCUUUAAUAAAAAAUAUGUACCAAGACCUGGCUGGGAAGAUCACUGGAAUGUUACUGGAAAUUGACAAUUCAGCAUUGUUACACAUGUUGGAAUCUAAGGAGUCACUGGAGUCUAAGGUCCGAGAAGCCGUCGCUAUACUGCAAGGUCACCAGACAAAAGAAACACAGUUGCCCUUAACUGCUACCAUGUUGGCUGACUCCCCCCAACAGGAACAUAAGCAAAUGUUGGGAGAACGUUUGUUUCCUCUGAUCCAAAGUAUGUACCCAGACCUGGCUGGAAAGAUCACUGGAAUGUUACUGGAAAUAGACAAUUAUGAAUUGUUACACUUGUUGGAAUCCAAGGAGUCACUAGAGUAUAAGGUACAAGAAGCCGUCGGUGUACUGCAAGCUAACCAUGCAAAGGAAACUGCUUUAACUUCCAUAGAAGCAACAAGUUACGAAGGGUGCCGUGGAAACCAAAUUAGGCAAUUAACAACGCCAUAUUCAGCCCUUGAAAAACAAGCUAUGAAUUCAGCUAAACCUGGUUCCCUUAUGACCACUUUGUAUGUAGGGGAUCUGCAUCCAGAUGUCACAGAAGCUAUGUUGUUUGAGAAAGUAUCAUUUGCAGGUCCAGUCCUCAAUAUCCGUGUCUGUAGAGAUAAGAACACAGGAAGUUCUCUUGGUUAUGCAUAUGUUAACUUUCAGCAACAAGGAGAUGCUGAAAGAGCUCUUGACGUAUUGAACUUUGACACCAUCAAAGGUCGACCAAUAAGAAUCAUGUGGUCACAAACAGAUCAUUAUCUCAGAAAAUCUGGUGUUGGCAACGUAUUCAUCAAUUAUCUUGACAAAAGCAUUGACAAUGAGGCAUUAUACGAUACCUUCUCUGCCUUUGGAAAUAUUUCAUCCUGUAAGAUUGUCUGUGACAAGCAUGGAUCCCGUGGAUACGGAUUUAUACAUUUUGAAACUGAGGAAGCAGCUAGAAAUUGUAUUGAAAAAGUGAAUGGGAUGUUGUUGAAUGGAAAGAAAGUGUGUGUAGGACGAUUCAUGAAUAGACGGGAACGUCUUGAAAUUCAAGGCGAUAAGAUGAAGAAAUUUAAUAACAUCUAUGUGAAGAAUUUUAGUGAUGAGAUGUCAGAGGAUGAACUGAAAGAUAUAUUUGAACCAUUCGGCAAACUUAUAAAUGUAAAGAUCAUGUCUGAUAUUGGCGGUAAGAGUCGUGGAAUUGGAUUCGUAAGUUAUGAAGAACCAGAGGCAGCAGAAAAGGCUGUUGAAGAUUUGAACGGUUUAACCAUCCACGAUAAGACUUUGUGUGCUGGCAGAGCCCAAAAAAGGGCUGAGAGACAAACUGAACUUAGGGCCAAAUUUGAGAGAAUCAGAAUGGAGAGAGUUAAUCGACACCAAGGAGUGAAUCUGUAUGUAAAAAACUUGGAUGACAACAUUGACGAUGAACGACUAAGGAAGGAAUUUUCUCAGUUUGGAACCAUUACAAGUGCUAAGGUUGAAAGAACAGAAGGUGGAAGAUCCAAAGGAUUUGGUUUUGUGUGUUUUAGUUCUCCAGAGGAGGCAUUUGAGGCUGUCAGAGAAAUGCACGGAAGGAUCGUUGGGGAACGAUCAAUUAACGUGACUCUUGAACAACAAAAAGAAGACAGGAAAGCUCAUUUAGCAUCAAAAUAUAUGCAGCGUAUUGCUAGGAUAAGAAUGCAGGGACAGCCUGCUGCCGGUAUGAUGAAUCAGAUGUUUCCAUUAGCUGGACCUGGGUAUAUCCUUCCUACCAUGACACAGGGACAGAGAAAUUUCUAUGCCCCAACACAGGUGCCACAGAUGAGGGCAAGUCCAAGAUGGCCAACACAGCUAAGACAGCCCACACCAGCUAGUGGUUUUAAGAAUAUGUCUGAACAACAGGCUAGACCUGACAAUUUUGUAGCCGAUGGAGCAAGACAACCUGGUCAAGGCAACUUUGGAGAUGGAAUGAAUGCUCGUCCAACCAAAAGACAUUCUUGCACUGGACAACCACCCCGCAUGCCACAGUCUGUACCAAACAGAGAACAAGUGGCCUUUCCUACCGCAGUACACAACCAAUUCAACAUACAUUUACCUUCACAAAUGAGAAGCCCACAACAAGUUCAAGGACAGCAUAACACGGUUAUGUCACAGAAUUAUAUGGCAGAAGAAUUCUAUCAGGAAGAAGACUCUAGUGCAUACGAUUCAAGUAGCUCUUCUUCCGAAGACGAUAUUUGUUCCACAUUCUAUGAUAUUAUAAACGAACUGACAUUACGGUCAGGCAACAUAGACGAAAUAACGGAUGUAAUUGUACAAAUGCUACAAAAUUGCUCUGAUGACCAUGUUAUCAGUUACAUCAUACAUCAUUUGUUUGAAAAGUCUAUUAUUGAACAAGAUUUUCACUAUACCGGAGCACAACUUGUUAAGUUCUUAUCUGAAAAACUAAAGAUGGUUCCAGUUUUUGCAAACUUCAGAAAUAUUUUUAUUACGAGAUGCAAGGAAGAGUAUUUAAAAAAGCAAGAACUGAUUUCUAACCCGGAUACAGUUUCUUGUUUAUGUGGAUUUGUAAUUUUUCUAGGAGAAUUGUUUAUAAAUUUAGAAGUAACAAGUGGAGGCGUUUUACAAAGACUAGCAGUUGUACGAUUUAUGAUAAGAGACUUGCUGUUAGUACUUCUUGAACAUCCAACAAAUGAAACCGUAACAUGCGCCACACAAGUAUUGGAGAGAACAGGAGCAUUAAUAGAAGAAACAACACAUUUGAAUAAACCAGAGGAAGGAAAUUUCAGCGAAGUGUUUUUUCAUCUUCAACAAUUGAAGUCACGCGAAAAUCUAAAUCAAACUACAAGGGCAUCUAUAAGAACGUUGCUAAAUUUGGAGUCACGUAAUUGGGUCCGAGGAGAUUCAUCACAGCAGCAUUUAAUUUUCUCUCUUUCUCACUAUGAGCAAGUUUAUCAGGAGAGAGAUAUUGAUUCCAGAACAUCUGAAAACAAUGACAACAUUGGACAUAGUGUGAAUGAAGUACAACAGUUUGGAGAAAUUGAAGACAGCCAAUUGGCCAUACAAGGUGCAACGGGUUACACCUCUGAACUAGUAGCGGAACCAUUGAUUGCAAAAGAAAUUGAGAGUGUUGGAAAAGAAAAUCAGAAAUCAGGGGAAAAUACGGAUGACAAAUACCUGUGUAAAAUAUGUUUUGAUAAUCCAGUAGAAGUCACAUUUUUGCCAUGUAUGCAUGUAUGCUGCUGUAAAGACUGUAGCGACAAGUUAAAAGAGAAACAAUGUCCAAUUUGUAGGAAACGGAUCAGACAGAGUAGACCUUUGUAUUUUGCUUGAAAAAUGAUAGCUAUGUCUGUUGUUACUGCAGGCAAAUAUCUAAUAUAAACAUAUAGUCAUUAAUUGAUAUAAUGUGUUAUACCAUAUGCAUAUAUUAAAAAACAAUUCUCCUCACAAUGAAAUAAAGGCGUUAUGAGGAGGAAUAAAUCCAACAUAAAA